CCAGAUAUUCUCGGGGAAGCCGAGAAGGGAGAUUUAGAUGCUCGGGAAAAUGAAACACCACCAUAAGCUCACGGUGGCGUUAUGUCUCAUUUGGGCUGCCACGAUCCUCUACGGAGAAAUGUUCGCCUUCUGGGUUCCUUCUCUCUUCACUUGUUCUUGGCCUCACCAUAAGAGUCAUGGAGUGGAGAGUGAUGGGAAUUUUACUAAAGUCGCCAUUGUUACUGAUCCACAGCUCAUGGAUAAGACAUCGUUUCGUUUGUCGUCAAAGACGCUUGCUUUAGAGCUUGCUCAGUUUUAUACUGAUAUAAACAUGCGAAGAUCGUUCGUUCAGUCUGUCUUGCCGUUCAAACCCGAUGUUGUUUUGUUUUUAGGUGAUUAUUUCGAUGGCGGGCCAUUUCUUCCCGAGGAAGAAUGGCAGGAAUCUUUAAGCCGAUUUAAACAUGUAUUUGGUUUGAAUUCACAAGGCAAGGUUGGGGACAUACCUACAUUUUACAUCCCUGGGAACCAUGAUGUUGGCUAUUCUCGGGUGGCGUCCCAUAAACAAGACGUGAUUGAUCGAUACCAAAAAGUUUUUGGGAUCAGAAACCGCAGAUUUAUGAUUGGAGGUGUUGAGUUCAUCAGUAUAGAUGCACAAGCUAUUGAUGGGAAUCCUCAAAAGGAUUUGGCACAAGAAGUUUGGAAGUUUGUACAAAAUGUCUCCACCGAUGCACAGUCACAUCCUAGAGUUUUAUUGACCCACAUCCCAUUAUAUCGGCCUGAUCAAACCGCAUGCGGCCCUCACCGUGGUGUUUCUGUCAUUGAUCAGCGGUUUUGGCGCCAUUUCCAAGAUCAAGAAGUAAUAUACCAGAAUUAUGUCUCUCCAGAAUCAUCAAAGAAGUUACUGGAGUUGAUCAAACCCAUGCUCGUUCUGUCUGGCCAUGAUCAUGACCAGUGCACUAUAACCCACAAGUCGGAAGCAGGAGAUGUAACAGAGCAUACUUUAGGUACUAUAAGCUGGCAACAAGGAAAUAUAUAUCCGUCAUUCAUGCUAUUAUCUGUUCCUAACGCCGUCCAUCAAAACUCAUCUGAUCUAGAUAAAAUGUUACACACUCAAUUGUGCUUCCUUCCGUGCCAAUUAUUCAUUUACAUGUGGUACCUUUCUCUAUUCGCUAUGUCCCUCCUUGCUCUUCUUCUCUGGCCAAAUCAUGGAAUAGGCUUCUUAAACAACGCUGCAGACUGUAUCUCAAAUGUUAUGAAGUCAAGCUUUUUAAGCAGCGUCACGAAGGAGAAGAACGAAGAUGAGAACUGUGAGUAUGAAAUGGUAUGGGACGCAGAAGGAUCUAUGCAUCUGGUGAAGAAAGUUCUUCAAACUCCUGUGAAACGUCAAAGCGAUAAACCUCUUGUAGAAAAGGGUAACGCGGUGUUGAGAUCAGCGGCUAGAAAGAAUGCUAACGAACAGAUUGAGCUUAUGAUGGACUCAGAUGUAAAUGCAGGUGCUGGUGGGUCUGAUCCUCUGAUGAGAUCAACGUCAAAAUCAAGAACCAAACUUGUGAUCCAGAGAGUGAUACGUACAAUCAUGAUGAUCAUCGUCAUCGCGGCAUUAAACGUUCCCAUUUACAUGAUGCUGCUGUUCAAAGACUGGAUUGAGCAGGAGUGAUCAACUAAAGAUAAAUCUAAUUUGACAUGAAAUUUUGGACUAAGCAAGCUAUCAUCUGUAGGUUAUAUGGUGAAAAGUGAAAACUGUUGUUGUAUUAUUAUUAGAAUAUGAGAAUCAAAAGAGACAUGUUUUAGUC